CACGGUUGUAUGAAAAAGAAAACGUACUUUUCAAGUGAAGUGAUCUCACUGAUGAAGCAGUGUCUGUCCUAAUUCUCUCCCUCUUCUCCUUUCUAACCACUCCAUUAUCUUUUUGUUGCACUAUCAAUUCUAAACUCAGAAAGAAAUUUGAUGACUCUGAGUCAACGAGAAGGGAUAAAAAUUAAUGGCCAGACAUGUGUUCGAUAUAUGUAGGUGAAGAAUCGUAGUUGGGGAAGAGUUUGAUUAAUCUGUACUGCAAAUUUUAGCAGCGUCUGUUUUGUACUUCUUUGCAGUACAUGUACUAAUGGGGUCUUUUCUAAUCCUGAGAAUUUUCCUUAUUGGGUUGUUGAGAUGGCACUUGCUUCUAUUGGUUUAUAUAUCAAAGUUUGGAAUUUUCAAGUUCAAUGUAUCAGCUGGUUCUUUGGCUACCGAAAAUAAUGUGCGAGGCUGUUCUGAUUAUCGAAAUAUCAUUUGGGGUGUGCUUUUUGUUUUGGCAUUUAAUGCUACUAUCCUGAUUAAAUUGGAAGGCUCAAUAGGUGCUUGUUUUUUUUCCUCUUACAGACAAGGCAGCUUGUGGGCUAAUGCAGAAAACAUAUUACCCACGUUUGCUGCUGAUUUUGUAAGUUUUUUCACUUUUUUCCGCCUGACUGGACGUUCUUGGAAGGUUUGUUUGUGCGGGCAACUUUUUAGUUGAGAUUUCUCUUUGACAAAAUGUUCCAAGUUGGAAUUUUGUGAUCAUUUCAAUGUUCUGAUAUUUCCCACCAAAGAGAAGAAGAAAACCAGCAGCAAGGAGAAUAAUUAAGGAAGAAGAUUGGAUGAAUAAUAUAAUGGGGAAUGUGAACGAGGAAGAGAUGAGAGAAAUUGAGAAAUUUGAGAUGGAGAAUUUGGAAGAGAUGAGGAAUGAGCCAGAGGAUAUGAGUAGAAUUGCUCCAUGGACUAAACAGAUCACAAUUAGAGGACUCAUAGCUAGUUUAGCAAUUGGCAUCAUAUACAGUGUGAUUGCAAUGAAGCUAAACCUCACCACAGGACUAGUCCCUAAUCUGAACGUUUCUGCUGCUCUACUGGCUUUUGUUUUUAUUAGAACAUGGACCAAGCUCCUUCAGAAGGCUGGAAUAGUAACCAGUCCAUUCACUCGACAAGAAAAUACCAUAAUUCAAACUUGUGCUGUUGCUUGUUAUAGUAUUGCUGUCGCAGGUGGCUUUGCGUCUUAUCUUCUGGGAUUGAACAGGAAGACGUAUGAGCAAGCUGGGGUUGAUACAAAAGGGAAUACUCCUGGCAGCACAAAAGAACCUGGGAUUGGUUGGAUGACUGGUUUCCUCUUCGUAACCAGUUUUGUUGGAUUGCUUGCCUUGGUUCCUCUCAGGAAGAUUAUGAUACUAGAUUACAAAUUAACUUAUCCUAGUGGAACUGCAACUGCGGUUCUCAUCAAUGGGUUCCAUACUUCCAAAGGAGAUAAGAUUGCUAGGAAGCAGGUUCAUGGGUUCAUUAAGUUCUUUUCAAUCAGCUUCCUGUGGGCUUUCUUUCAGUGGUUUUACACUGGUGGAGGCAAUUGUGGAUUUGCUCAAUUCCCAACAUUUGGAUUGAAAGCUUGGAAAAACUCAUUUUACUUUGAUUUCAGUAUGACAUAUGUUGGAGCAGGAAUGAUCUGUUCCCAUCUUGUGAAUUUGUCUUUGCUGCUUGGCGCGAUACUUUCAUGGGGAAUUAUGUGGCCACUAAUAGCAGGGCUUAAAGGAGAUUGGUUCCCUGCUACUUUACCUGAAAGCAGUAUGAGGAGUGUAAAUGGUUACAAGGUUUUUAUUUCUAUUGCUCUGAUCCUAGGAGAUGGGCUCUACAAUUUUCUCAAGAUACUGUAUUUCACUGCUAGUAGCAUCCGCACCAGAGCUAAGACUGGAGAUUUGAAAACAUUAUCAGAUAAGCAGAAUCAAGAUGAUCUUAGGAGAAAUGAAGUUUUCGUAAGAGAGACUAUUCCAAUUUGGGUAGCAUGUUUAGGAUACACCGCCUUCUCCAUCAUUUCAAUCAUUGUGAUCCCUAUCAUGUUUCCUGAGCUAAAGUGGUACUACGUAGUUGUUGCCUACAUUCUUGCACCCUCUCUCAGCUUCUGCAACGCUUAUGGUGCUGGUCUAACUGACAUGAAUAUGGCUUAUAACUAUGGAAAGGUGGCUCUCUUCGUACUUGCAGCCUUGACAGGAGGAGACAACGGUGUUGUAGCAGGACUUGUUGGCUGUGGGCUGAUUAAGUCAAUAGUUUCCAUCUCUUCUGAUUUGAUGCAUGAUUUCAAGACUGGUCAUCUAACUCUCACUUCUCCUCGUUCGAUGCUUCUUAGCCAGGCCAUUGGUACUGCAAUAGGCUGUGUUGUAGCUCCACUUACAUUCUUUCUUUUCUACAAGGCUUUUGAUGUGGGGAACCCCAAUGGAGAGUACAAAGCUCCAUAUGCACUCAUAUACAGAAACAUGGCGAUUCUUGGUGUCCAAGGUUUUUCUGCCCUUCCCCAGCAUUGCUUGCAGCUUUGUUAUGGGUUUUUCGCCUUCGCGAUUUUUGCCAAUUUGGUCAGAGAUCUAUCCCACAAAAAAUUUGGCAAAUGGAUACCUCUCCCAAUGGCUAUGGCUGUGCCUUUCCUCGUAGGGGCUUACUUCGCAAUCGAUAUGUGCAUGGGGAGUCUGAUUGUGUUUGCAUGGCACAAGCUAAACAGCAAAAAAGCAGGUCUGAUGGUUCCUGCUGUGGCCUCUGGCUUGAUCUGUGGAGAUGGUUUAUGGAUUCUUCCUUCAUCCAUCCUUGCAUUAGCUAAGAUUCAUCCUCCAAUAUGCAUGAGUUUCAGUUAGAAAUUCUAUCUGAGACCGAAAUCUGUAGUUGUUAUUGCAGGCACAAAUCAAGUUAAUGAAAAGUAAAACAAAUAUAAGGAUGAUUA